AUGGAAGCUGUAGUUGGACUGUUGAUGUUGUUUGGAGUCUCUCAUGGUGUGGAAACUUACUGUGAUGGCAGAAAGAAUGGAGCUCACUGUUGUAGAGCUUUGGGAGGAACUGUGGACAUCCAACUGAUGAAGAGCACCUCAGAAAUCUUUAGAUUCCAGCUGUUAAAAAAUGAAUUAUCAGUUCUCACUGUGAGAAACAAUACGAUUGCAUCCAAUAUGAGACAUGAGAAAUUUCUCUUUAUUCCCAGUAAUGGGACAUUUAGGAUUAAUAACCUGAGCAGGAAUGACAGUGGGAAUUAUAGCUUUGAAACCUUUGAUUCAGAUGGAACAAGUACAGGCAAGCGGACUUUGCAGCUGAUUAUUCAAGCUCCUGUGUCCUCUGUCCUGCUGGUCUCUGAGUGUCUGUCCCAGGGAGAGAUGAGGGUGUCCUGCUCCUCUGAGGGAGGAGACAGUCCUCAGUACAGUUGGACUCUGGAUGGACGCACACUGACAGAUGGUGAGCUCCUUUCUAGAAACAAUGAGGGUAACAUCAUCACUCUGAAACAGCACGUCUCAGGACAUCUGGUCUGCUCAGUCAGAAAUCAUGUUAGUAAAGUCUUCAAAGAAGAGAGGAUAUCUACCUGCGUUGGAAUUUUGCUGCUGAUCGCUGGUGUUCUCUCAGCACUGGUAAUUUUUUUAGUUGUGGGUGUAGCAGUCAUCUGUGCUCAGAGGAAAAAAAGAAACAACAAAACUACAGAACAAAAAGAAGAUGACCAGGAAGUAAUGUACGCUGAUGUCAGGGUCGUGCAGCAGCAGGGGCAGCAAGUGGAGCAAAGAGCGGAGGUGGAGGCAGAGGUGGAGUAUGGCCAAGUCAAGUGUUCACAGAGAUCUCAUCAGACUGUACCAAGAGGAGAUGAUUAUAUGUAUGCUUCAGUCCAUAAAGUCAGGCAAUUUAAGUGAUCAGUGCUUCUACACAGACUGCACCACUGAAGGCCCACAGAGGGAGGAGGUGAUGUCAUGAUGCCUAAAAGACCUUCAUUUAAUGUGAUUUCCCAUCAAAAAAAUACAAACCAUCAAAACUCAUGAAUGCUGAUUUUCUUUGCUUCCUCUGUACUUCUGUACUGUAACAGGGAAUAAAUGG